AUGAAGUCGGAGCGUCGAGGUGACUCAAAGCUGACAGUCAAGGGUUCCGGAUGUUCCUUAAAUGUACGGUGCAUCUUUCGCUUCUCUCUACGAGCGGUAAUGGAGCCAGUCCUGAAACACAUGGAUUUACAUGCCCAGUGGAAACCGCCGCCAAUUUUCGCGAUUCAUGUUUUCAAAGCGAUCAUCUACAGUAUACAGAGUCAAAAUAGCUAUUUUGUCAUACAGGUGAUGACAGUGGAGGACCUUGCCAGAGAAAUGAAUGAAAUCAUAGACGAAGUUUCUGCAAUUCUCCGGAUUGGCCGUGGACACUGCCGUAUACUACUGCACAAAUUCAAUUGGAACAAGGAAAGUUUGUUAGAAAGGUAUUAUGAAAAUCCUGAUACUGACGCUUUCUUACGCAAAGCUCAAGUACUGCCCCGCAAACCUGCACCGCCACCUUUGUCCUCCAUUAUGAAUGAUGCGACGAGUGAGAUACAAUGUAUUUUUAAUGGAUGUCAGCUGCUAAUUCAGGACGAGAAGGUGAUGCAAUAUAUCCAGAGCGAGGCUGUGCGUAAUGCUUAUCAACGUCUUAAAAUCAAUAGUUUUGUGGAAGGAAAUCGUCUGCUGAAGUGGUGCCCCGGUCUCGAUUGUGGAAAGGCUUUCAUCUGGUCCCUCUGA